AUGAAACUCGAGGUAGCUGCUGGAACAGGCAUUGCCGAAUCUGCUUUGAAUGAACCUAUCGGACCACAUGGGAUUUUUGACAGUGCCCAUUUGAAUUUAUACGUAACAGACUGUAAUAAUAAUCGAGUUUCAUUGUUCGAAUUCGGUCAUUCCGGUGGAAUCGUAAUAGCAGGAAAGGAGUCGAACAGUUCCAAUUAUUAUUACGAAGCGAUACGGUUAACUGUGUUUGAAAAUGAUUAUUACGGUUCAACGGGUCGAGGUAAUGUUGGGACAUUUGGUGAUGUCUAUAUCGAUAAAUUCGAACCAAUUAAUCCCUUCAAAAAUUUACUUGAACAAAAUUACCGUAGUUGCGACGCUCACAUUAACUCCAAUAUUGUCUCUUAUCUUGAAUCUGGUGUAACGUACGUGCUAGUAGUAACAACGUUUUUACCAAAUCUAACGGGAAACUUUUCGAUUCUCGUGACUGGUCCGAAUAAUGUCACUCUUUAUCGCUUUAAUAAGUGUAUUUACCACUCGAGCUCUCAUUUGAUUUUUGUUUAG